GGGGCUCGGGCUCCAGCUGCGGCGGUCGCAGGUUCCCGAGCGAGUCGGAGUCGCCGCGGACGCGCCGCGCACUGUUAUCCCAGCCCGGGGCCCCCCACCGCUGUCCGCGCUGCUGCCUGGGCUCCGCCAGGCCCCGGAGGCAAAGACAAAGAGGCUGUGCGGGAGCGUCCGCUGGAGCCCGAUUUACCUGCAGUGCCGGGAAUCACAGGCUUCAAGAUGGUUUGCGGGGGCUUCGCGUGUUCCAAGAACUGCCUUUGCGCACUCAACCUGCUCUACACCUUGGUUAGUCUGUUGCUGAUUGGCAUCGCGGCAUGGGGCAUUGGCUUCGGGCUGAUUUCCAGCCUCCGCGUGGUCAGCGUGGUCAUUGCAGUGGGCAUCUUCUUGUUCCUGAUCGCCUUGGUGGGGCUGAUUGGGGCUAUGAAGCACCAUCAGGUGUCGCUUUUCUUUUACAUGAUCAUUCUCUUACUUGUAUUUAUCGUUCAGUUUUCUGUGUCGUGUGCUUGUUUAGCCCUGAAUCAGGACCAGCAGGCCCAGCUUCUGGAAGUUGGUUGGAACAAUACAGCAAGUGCUCGUGAUGACAUCCAGAGAAAUUUAAACUGCUGUGGGUUCCUAAAUUUUAACCAAAAUGAUACUUGUCCAGCUAGUUGUAUGGAAAAUGCCAACUCGUGCCCACUGUGUGCUCCAAUAAUAGGAAGAUAUGCGGGGGAGGUUUUGAGAUUCGUCGGGGGCAUUGGCCUCUUCUUCAGUUUCACAGAGAUCCUGGGAGUUUGGCUGACCUACAGAUACAGGAACCAGAAAGAUCCUCGUGCUAAUCCUAGUGCAUUCCUUUGAUGAGAAAACAUGCAAACAAUUUCACAUGCUGAUCUUGUUCACAGCUAACUUUAAGUUACACUAAUUUGCCUGUUCAAAAAAAAAAAAACAGUAUCUGGAAAAUUACAUUACUGACAGUGGAAUUAUAUAUUUUUACUCUUACGUUUCUCUAAAUGUUUUUCUUUUUCCAUUGCUGAAAAAAAAACAAUAGAAACGUGUGGUCUCCUCUGAACCUCAGUGGUACCUGUAAUCUACUGUAUUCACAGUGUCUGGCACUGUCCACUGUGGCCUUUCUUAGCAUUUUUACCUGCAGAAAAACUUUGUAUGGCACUACUGUGUUGAUCUCAUUGUGAUUCUAAAUCUACAUCUCACUGGAAUAACUCACUGUAUGUGGCUCCGUGCUGUGUAGAUAGUUCCUCCAGGAAAGAAGAGUUCAAGUCUAUCAAAGCCAGUAAGUGUGAGAUUCUAUGAAGUUCAGAACGGAAAAUCAAGUUCCCAACUGUUUGUCUUUUUAGGAAGUAUGUAUUAUGGUGACAUUUAACACAAAAGUGGUAAUGUAGCUCUAGUGGUCCUUUAUGAUUACACUAAUGUAUUCUAGAAGUAGCUCUGUGUUUAGAAAAGUGUUGUUUAGUUUUUUAUUUUUACAGUUAAGUGCAAAGGAGAACUGGUCUUAUGAAUGGUCUGUCAUGUAACAGUUGCCUUCAGCCUUCAAAGUGGAAUGAGUUUGAGCAACUCAGAAAGUGUAUCUGUGUAAUCCUGAUGUUCUUUUAUAAUAAUUUGAAGUCUAAAAGACUGCAUUUUAAACAAGUUACUAUUAAUGCAUCGGCCCAUGUAGCAAAAAGAUAUUUGAUUAUCUUACAAAUUGUUAAAUACCUUUUUCAUGAAAUCUCUCAGUAUUAUGACAGCAGCUUGUCGAAUCCAAGCAUAUUGGAAUGUGACCUUCCAUAAUUUGAAUUUGAAAUAGUAUGUGGUUCUGUAUAUUGUGUUAAAAAAUUAAAGGAUGGUAACCUUU